AUGGCAUUCCGAGAACUAAGCAACGAAGCGACUGUUUUACGCCAAAGCUUCAUUGAUCAGUGGAGGGCAGUCUCGACUUACAUGGCAUGUCAGCUCACGUUGCGACAACGCAAUGUGCUCUCUCCCGUCCAACCCGCCCGACUGCCCCAUCGUCCCGCGCAGACAGCGGUUCACCUGCCACCCAUUGCGCGUCACCACGGCCGAUCAUCGACUAUCGUCGUCUCGACGAUGGGCCCCUUGAUUCAGAAUUGUCAUCCGUGCCGAUCGAGCACACGUCCCUGCGCUCUCUGCGCUCCACGGCUGCCAAGGCGGCAUGCCUCACUCCGGACUAAUGCUCUGCCUCCCUUGCCAACUAGAUGGGCUCCAAUUUCAAGAUUACUUUUAAGCGUAACUCAUCUAUACUUGGAUCGCCGCCUGCUGUGCCGUUUUGACUUCCCUUUACUCGUUUCCAUGAGAAUGUUGACUCUAUUGUAA